GAUAUGCUGUUAACCCACCAAUAUACAUUAAUAAACCUAAAGAGAUCGAAGAACAAGAAAGGGAAAAAAGACAAUAUCGCUGUAGAAAAAAUCUUUGGGAAUUACCUCUUUCAUUGCAUACAUUCUACAAGCUAUUAUUAUCUGAUUUCACUGCAACGGAUUCAGAUGGAGAAAUCAUAAUAACCAAAUUUUUCAAACAUUAUAAAGUUAUGGACAAUCUUGAUUUAAGUGAGUAUUAUGAUUCGGAAUACACUGAAACAGAGUCUGAAUGUUCUAACUCUGAGGACGAGAGCGAGGAUGAAGAAGUCGCCUAUAAUAACAAUGUGCCUCCUCCGAUAAUUAUGGGUACAGCUCUACGGAAUAGUGGUACUCUACCGAUCUAA